AUGAGUUUCUGUGUGGGAGAUGUUUCUGUGGUAGUGGUUGUUGUGGUUUUGGUGGAUGUGGUCGUAGGCAGGGUCUCAGUAGUGGUGACUGUUGUCAUUGUUGUGGAUGUGGUAGUGGUAGUGGUCUCAGUAGUGGUUCUUGCGCUUGUGGUGAAUGUGCUAGUAGGAGGGGAGGUAGUGGUUGUUGGCGUUGUGUUGGAUGUGGUAGUAGGCGUGGUGUCUGUGGUGGUGGUUGUCAGUGUUGUGGUAGAUGUUGUAGUAGGCAGGGUCUCAGUAGUGGUGAUGGUUGUCAUUGUUGUGGAUGUGGUAGUGGUAGUGGUCUCCGUAGUGGUUGUUGUGUUUGUGGUGGGUGUGGUAGUAGGAGGGGAGGUAGUGGUUUUUGGUGUCGUGUUGGAAGUGGGAGUGGGUGUGGUGUCUGUGGUGGUGGUUGUCAGUGUUGUGGUGGAUGUGGUGGGAGUGGAAGGUGGUUCGGUGGUAGUGGUAGUCGGGGUUGUGGAAGAAUUGGUGGUGGAAGAGGUCUCAGUAGGUGUCGUUGUCGAUUUUGUGGUGGUAGUUGUCGUGGAUGGGGGUUCCGUGGUAGUGGUAAUUGAGGUUGUGGUGGAUGUGGUAGUUGUUGGGGUCUCAGUAGUGGUGAUUGUUGUGGCUGUGGUGGAUGUGGUAGUGGAAGGGGAGGUAGUGGUUGUUGGUAUUGUGUUGGAUGUGGUAGUGGGCAUGGUCUCUGUGGUGGUUGUUGUCAGAGUUGUGGUGGAUUUUGUUGUUGGAGUAGAAGUGGUUUCUGUAACAGUGGUAGUGGGGAUUGUGGUGUAUGUAGUAGUGGAUGUGGUCUCUGUAGAGGUGGUUGUCGGUGUUGUGGUGGUAGUGGUCGUGGGUGGGGGUUCUGUGGUGGUAGUAGUUGAGCUUGUGAUGGAUGUGUCAGUGGGAAGGGUCUCUGUGGUUGUCAGUGUUGUGGUGGAUGUUGUUGUUGUGGAUGUGGUAGUGGGUGUAGUCUCCGUAGUGGUGGUGGUUGUAGUUGUGGUGAAAGUGGUAGUUCCAGAGGAUGUAGUGGUUGUUGGUGUUGUGGUGGAUGUGGUAGUAGGCGGGGUCUCUGUGGUGGUGGGUGUCAGUGUUGUGGUGUAUGUUGUUGUGGGAGGUGUUUCCGUGGUAGUGGCAUGUGUGGUUGUGGUUUUUGUGCUAGUGGGUGGAGUCUCAGUAGUUGUGGUCGUUGUCAUUGUUGUGGAUGUGGUCGUGGGUGUGGUCUCAGUAGUGGUGGUGGUUGUCGUUGUGGUGAAAGUGGUAGUUCCAGAGGAUGUAGUGGUUGUUGGUGUUGUGGUGGAUGUGGUAGUAGGCGGGGUCUCCGUGGUAGUGGUUGUCAGUUUUGUGGUGGAUGUUGUUGUGGACGUUGGAGUGGGUUGUGUGGUAGUGGUAGUUGGUGUCAUGGUGGAUGUGGUAGUAGAUGGGGUCUCAGUAGUGGUGAUUGUCGUCAUUGUUGUCAAUGUGGUAGUGGUAGUAGUCUCAGUAGUGGAUGUUGGGCUUGUGGUGGAUGUGGUAGUAGGAGCGGUAGUGGUUGUUGGUGUUGUGUUGGAUGUUGUAGUGGGUGUGGUCUCUGUGGUGGUUGUUGUCAGUGUUGUAGUGGAUGCUGUGGUUGGAGUAGAAGUGGUUUGUGUAAUUGUGGUAGUUUGGAUGGUGGUGUAUGUGGCAGUGGGUGUGGUCUCUGUAGAGGUGGUUGUCGGUGUUGUGGUGGUAGUGGUUGUGGGUGGGGGUUCUGUGGUGGUGGUUGUUGAACUUGUGAUGGAUGUGGCAGUAGGAAGGGUCUCUGUGGUUGUCAGUGUUGUGGUGGAUGUUGUUGUGGAAGUUGGAGUGGGUUGUGUAGUAGUGGUAGUUGGUGUCAUGGUGGAUGUGGUAGCAGAUGGGGUCUCAGGAGUGGUGGUUGUCGGUGUUGUGGUGGUAGUGGUCGUGGGUGGGGGUUCUGUGGUGGUAGUAGUUGAGCUUGUGAUGGAUGUGUCAGUGGGAAGGGUCUCUGUGGUUGUCAGUGUUGUGGUGGAUGUUGUUGUUGUGGAUGUGGUAGUGGGUGUAGUCUCCGUAGUGGUGGUGGUUGUAGUUGUGGUGAAAGUGGUAGUUCCAGAGGAUGUAGUGGUUGUUGGUGUUGUGGUGGAUGUGGUAGUAGGCGUGGUCUCUGUGGUGGUGGGUGUCAGUGUUGUGGUGUAUGUUGUUGUGGGAGGUGUUUCCGUGGUAGUGGCAUGUGUGGUUGUGGUUUUUGUGCUAGUGGGUGGAGUCUCAGUAGUUGUGGUCGUUGUCAUUGUUGUGGAUGUGGUCGUGGGUGUGGUCUCAGUAGUGGUGGUGGUUGUCGUUGUGGUGAAAGUGGUAGUUCCAGAGGAUGUAGUGGUUGUUGGUGUUGUGGUGGAUGUGGUAGUAGGCGGGGUCUCCGUGGUAGUGGUUGUCAGUUUUGUGGUGGAUGUUGUUGUGGACGUUGGAGUGGGUUGUGUGGUAGUGGUAGUUGGUGUCAUGGUGUAUGUGGUAGUAGAUGGGGUCUCAGUCGUGGUGAUUGUCGUCAUUGUUGUCAAUGUGGUAGUGGUAGUAGUCUCAGUAGUGGAUGUUGGGCUUGUGGUGGAUGUGGUAGUAGGAGCGGUAGUGGUUGUUGGUGUUGUGUUGGAUGUUGUAGUGGGUGUGGUCUCUGUGGUGGUUGUUGUCAGUGUUGUAGUGGAUGCUGUGGUUGGAGUAGAAGUGGUUUGUGUAAUUGUGGUAGUUUGGAUGGUGGUGUAUGUGGCAGUGGGUGUGGUCUCUGUAGAGGUGGUUGUCGGUGUUGUGGUGGUAGUGGUUGUGGGUGGGGGUUCUGUGGUGGUGGUUGUUGAACUUGUGAUGGAUGUGGCAGUAGGAAGGGUCUCUGUGGUUGUCAGUGUUGUGGUGGAUGUUGUUGUGGAAGUUGGAGUGGGUUGUGUAGUAGUGGUAGUUGGUGUCAUGGUGGAUGUGGUAGCAGAUGGGGUCUCAGGAGUGGUGGUUGUCGGUGUUGUGGUGGUAGUGGUCGUGGGUGGGGGUUCUGUGGUGGUAGUAGUUGAGCUUGUGAUGGAUGUGUCAGUGGGAAGGGUCUCUGUGGUUGUCAGUGUUGUGGUGGAUGUUGUUGUGGGAGGGGUUUUCGUGGUUGUUGUUGUGGAUGUGGUAGUGGGUGUAGUCUCCGUAGUGGUGGUGGUUGUAGUUGUGGUGAAAGUGGUAGUUCCAGAGGAUGUAGUGGUUGUUGGUGUUGUGGUGGAUGUGGUAGUAGGCGGGGUCUCUGUGGUGGUGGGUGUCAGUGUUGUGGUGUAUGUUGUUGUGGGAGGUGUUUCCGUGGUAGUGGCAUGUGUGGUUGUGGUUUUUGUGCUAGUGGGUGGAGUCUCAGUAGUUGUGGUCGUUGUCAUUGUUGUGGAUGUGGUCGUGGGUGUGGUCUCAGUAGUGGUGGUGGUUGUAGUUGUGGUGAAAGUGGUAGUUCCAGAGGAUGUAGUGGUUGUUGGUGUUGUGGUGGAUGUGGUAGUAGGCGGGGUCUCCGUGGUAGUGGUUGUCAGUUUUGUGGUGGAUGUUGUUGUGGACGUUGGAGUGGGUUGUGUGGUAGUGGUAGUUGGUGUCAUGGUGGAUGUGGUAGUAGAUUGGGUCUCAGUAGUGGUGAUUGUCGUCAUUGUUGUCAAUGUGGUAGUGGUAGUAGUCUCAGUAGUGGAUGUUGGGAUUGUGGUGGAUGUGGUAGUAGGAGAGGUAGUGGUUGUUGGUGUUGUGUUGGAUGCUGUAGUGGGUGUGGUCUCUGUGGUGGUUGUUGUCAGUGUUGUAGUGGAUGCUGUGGUUGGAGUAGAAGUGGUUUGUGUAAUUGUGGUAGUCUGGAUGGUGGUGUAUGUGGCAGUGGGUGUGGUCUCUGUAGAGGUGGUUGUCGGUGUUGUGGUGGUAGUGGUUGUGGGUGGGGGUUCUGUGGUGGUAGUUGUUGAACUUGUGAUGGUUGUGGCAGUAGGAAGGGUCUCUGUGGUUGUCAGUGUUGUGGUGGAUGUUGUUGUGGAAGUUGGAGUGGGUUGUGUAGUAGUGGUAGUUGGUGUCAUGGUGGAUGUGGUAGCAGAUGGGGUCUCAGGAGUGGUGGUUGUCGGUGUUGUGGUGGUAGUGGUCGUGGGUGGGGGUUCUGUGGUGGUAGUAGUUGAGCUUGUGAUGGAUGUGUCAGUGGGAAGGGUCUCUGUGGUUGUCAGUGUUGUGGUGGAUGUUGUUGUGGGAGGGGUUUUCGUGGUUGUUGUUGUGGAUGUGGUAGUGGGUGUAGUCUCCGUAGUGGUGGUGGUUGUAGUUGUGGUGAAAGUGGUAGUUCCAGAGGAUGUAGUGGUUGUUGGUGUUGUGGUGGAUGUGGUAGUAGGCGGGGUCUCUGUGGUGGUGGGUGUCAGUGUUGUGGUGUAUGUUGUUGUGGGAGGUGUUUCCGUGGUAGUGGCAUGUGUGGUUGUGGUUUUUGUGCUAGUGGGUGGAGUCUCAGUAGUUGUGGUCGUUGUCAUUGUUGUGGAUGUGGUCGUGGGUGUGGUCUCAGUAGUGGUGGUGGUUGUAGUUGUGGUGAAAGUGGUAGUUCCAGAGGAUGUAGUGGUUGUUGGUGUUGUGGUGGAUGUGGUAGUAGGCGGGGUCUCCGUGGUAGUGGUUGUCAGUUUUGUGGUGGAUGUUGUUGUGGACGUUGGAGUGGGUUGUGUGGUAGUGGUAGUUGGUGUCAUGGUGUAUGUGGUAGUAGAUGGGGUCUCAGUAGUGGUGAUUGUCGUCAUUGUUGUCAAUGUGGUAGUGGUAGUAGUCUCAGUAGUGGAUGUUGGGAUUGUGGUGGAUGUGGUAGUAGGAGAGGUAGUGGUUGUUGGUGUUGUGUUGGAUGCUGUAGUGGGUGUGGUCUCUGUGGUGGUUGUUGUCAGUGUUGUAGUGGAUGCUGUGGUUGGAGUAGAAGUGGUUUGUGUAAUUGUGGUAGUCUGGAUGGUGGUGUAUGUGGCAGUGGGUGUGGUCUCUGUAGAGGUGGUUGUCGGUGUUGUGGUGGUAGUGGUUGUGGGUGGGGGUUCUGUGGUUGUAGUAAUUGAGCUUGUGAUGGAUGUGGCAGUGGGAAGGGUCUCUGUGGUUGUCAGUGUUGUGGUGGAUGUUGUUGUAGGCAGGGUCUCAGUAGUGGUGAUUGUUGUCAUUGUUGUGGAUGUGGUAGUGGUAGUGGUCUCAGUAGUGGUUGCUGUGUUUGUGGUGGGUAUGGUAGUAGGAGGGGAGGUAGUGCUUUUUGGUGUGGUGUUGGAAGUGGUAGUGGGUGUGGUGUCUGUGGUGGUGGUUGUCAGUGUUUUAGUGGAUGUUGUGGGAGUAGAAGGAGGUUCUGUGGUAGUGGUAGUCGGGAUUGUGGUAGAUUUGGUAGUGGAAGAGGAAGUAGUCUCAGUAGGUGUCGUUGAUUUUGUGGUGGUAGUUGUUGUAGAUGGGGGUUCCGUUGUUGGUAUUGUGGUCGAGGUGGUGGUGGUAGUGGGUUCAGUGGUAAUGGUCGUCAGUGUUGUGGUGGAUGUGGUGGUGGGAGGUGUGGUAGUGGUUGUUGGGGUUGUGGUGGAUACGGUCAUGGGAGUGGUCUUUGUGGUGCUGGUCAUCGGGGUGGUGAUGCCAGUGGUCGUAAUAGUAGUAAUGGUGGUGGUCGGUGUGGUGGUUGACCUGGUCGGGGGAGGCGUGUCAGUGGUGGUGGUGGCUCCCGUUGUGCUGACUGUGGGAACUGUGGUGGAUUUUAUUGUUGUCAUUGGCCUGGUAGUGGUGAAUCCCAGGGGAAGCCCUGAGCAUCCAGAGGAGGCCGAGGAGCCCGAGCAGCUCCAUGGACCUGCGAGAGGCCUUAGGGAGCCUGGAGGUGCUGCUUUGGCACCCAGGAGUGUCUGCCUGAAUGAUGCUGGCUCCACAAGUGAAGCACGCAAAUUUCCGGACCACGUGGGAGACUGGUGGUGCAUAUGCCGGCUUGCCACCAGUAGGAAUGACUCCUGGAGGAACCUGAUUCUCAAUUUAGGACUUUUUGCUGCAGGAGUUUGCAGGGAGAAUUUGAAUGACAUUGACCUAAGGGCACGUCAGCCAGGACUGUAGCCAAUAUCCAGGGAACC